UUCCGGUGUCCCCUACAGCCAUGGCUGCCGCCGCAGUUGCCGCCGGCCCUGGGGCGCCAGUGUCCCCGGACGAAUUGCUCCCGAAAGGCGACGCCGAGAAGACUGAGGAGGAUCUGGAAGAGGACGACGACGAGGAGCUAGAUGAGACUCUGUCGGAGAGACUAUGGGGUCUGACGGAGAUGUUCCCGGAGAGGGUCCGGUCCGCGGCCGGAGCCACUUUUGAUCUCUCCCUCUUUGUGGCUCAAAAAAUGUACAGGUUUUCCAGGGCAGCCUUAUGGAUUGGAACCACUUCCUUUAUGAUCCUGGUUCUUCCGGUUGUCUUUGAGACCGAGAAGUUGCAAAUGGAGCAACAGCAGCAACUCCAACAGCGGCAGAUACUUCUAGGGCCAAACACAGGGCUGUCAGGAGGAAUGCCAGGGGCUCUACCUUCACUUCCUGGAAAGAUUUAGAUUGUUAUUGCUAUAUUUGAGCUGUCUUGGUGGGAGAAGUUUGCAAUUCAAUAGUGUUUGAACUGCUGAUUAUUUGGAUUUUUUUUUUUUUUUUAAACUUUGG